UCACAGAAGACAGGAAACUCUGAUCCGGAGUAUAUUCCCAUCAACAGCCGCUUUAAGUGUGUCCAAGAGGCAGAGGAGACUCUCCUGAUCGAUAUAGCCACAAGCACAGGCUGCAAGGUCCGGAUGCAGGGGGACGAGACGGCCGAGCGGCUCUUCGAGAUCCCCGACGAGGAGCAGUGCCUGGGGUUCCUCUCAGAAGUGCAGAGCAUCCAGGAAGCCCACCUGAAAACUUCUCUUCUGGAGCAGAAGGACUCAGCCAGCUGGCACCAGGUGGAGAGGAACCUCCCAGCUCUUUUCUCAGGGCACUGUGCUUUCAUUAUAGGAGCUCUGGGGUUUGAGGAUGACUUCAGCAGUCUAAGCCUGGAAGAGAAAAGAAACAUGCAAAACCACCAAACGGGAUCUCGCCGGGAACCUCCCCCUCCUCCCGUGCCUCAAAACAGGCAGUUUCACCGAGAGAGAGAAGGAGCAUCAAGAGACCAGUCAAAAGUCACCAACACCAUGCGCAAAAUGUUCCUGCCCAGCACCCAGUCGGGGCAGAGGGAAGGCCUCCUCAAACACCUGCUUGCCAAGAGGGAGAAGGCCUAUGUCAACCUCCACAACUUCCGGUUCUUUGUGGGCACGUGGAACGUGAAUGGGCAGUCCCCAGACAGCAGCUUGGAGCCCUGGCUGGUGUGUGACACUGAGCCCCCAGACUUCUACUGCAUCGGGUUCCAGGAGCUGGACCUCAGCACAGAAGCUUUUUUCUACUUUUAUUCUGCAAAGGAGCAGGAAUGGCUGGUUGCUGUGGAGAAGGCCCUGCACCCUCAGGCCAAGUACAAGAAAGUGCAAAUGGUCCGUCUGGUUGGGAUGAUGUUGCUCAUAUUUGCUAAGAAGGAGCAGCUGAGCAAUAUCAGGGAGAUCAUGACAGAUACUGUGGGCACAGGAAUCAUGGGAAAGAUGGGCAACAAGGGCGGCGUGGCCGUCAGGUUCGUGUUCCACAACACCACCUUCUGCCUGGUCAACUCCCACCUGGCUGCCCACGUCGAGGACUUCGAGCGGCGCAACCAGGACUACAAGGACAUCUGUGCCCGGCUGAGCUUUGUCACCCCCAACGACAGCCUCCCUCAGCUCAGCAUCACCAAACACGAUGUUGUCAUCUGGCUAGGAGACCUGAACUACAGGCUUUGUCUCCCUGAUGCCAGUGAGGUGAAAAAUUUUAUCACCAAGAACGAGCUUCAGAAAUUGCUGACAUAUGACCAGCUGAACAUCCAGCGCACUCAGAAGAAAGCGUUUGCAGAUUUCACAGAGGGGGAGAUUAAAUUCAUCCCCACGUAUAAAUAUGACUCCAAGACAGAUCGGUGGGACUCCAGCGGUAAGUGCCGUGUGCCGGCGUGGUGCGACCGGAUCCUGUGGCGAGGAGGGAACAUCCAUCAGCUCCGGUAUUCCAGCCACAUGGACCUGAAGACAAGUGACCACAAGCCUGUCAGUGCCCUGUUCCGCAUUGGGGUGAAGGUUGUGGAUGAGCAUAAGUAUCGGAAGUUGUUUGAAGACAGUGUUCGUUUAAUGGACAGGAUGGAGAAUGACUUUCUUCCUUCACUGGAGCUGAGCAGGAGGGAGUUUGAGUUUGAGAAUGUGAAGUUCCGUCAGCUGCAGAAGCAGAAGUUCCAGAUCACCAAUAAUGGGCAGGUCACCUGUCACUUCUCCUUCAUCCCAAAGCUCAAUGAUAAUCACUACUGUAAGCCCUGGCUGCGGGCUGAGCCCUGUGAAGGUUACCUGGAGCCAGAUGAGAGCACAGAGAUCUCCCUAGACGUGUAUGUCAGCAAGGACUCAGUAACCCUUCUGAACUCUGGUGAGGAUAAAAUUGAGGAUAUCCUUGUCCUUCACUUGGACCGAGGGAAGGACUAUUUCCUUACCAUCAGUGGGACCUACCUGCCCAGCUGCUUUGGCACCUCCCUGGAGGCCUUAUGCCGGAUGAGACGGCCAAUCCGAGAAGUUCCAGUCACCAAGCUCAUUGACCUGGGAGAAGACAGCUUCUUAGAAAAGGAGAAAUCCCUUCUGCAGAUGGGCUCCCUGGACACUGGGGAUCCAAGUGAGAUGCCACUGCAGGUGCCAAAGGAGAUCUGGCUAUUGGUGGACCACCUGUUCAAGCAUGGCUGCCACCAGGAGGACCUGUUCCAAACUCCAGGCAUGCAGGAAGAGUUGGAGCAGAUCAUUGACUGCCUGGACACCAGUAUCCCUGAGAAAAUCCCGGGCAGUAACCACUCCGUGGCAGAAGCCCUCCUCAUCUUCCUGGAGGCUCUGCCCGAGCCCGUGGUCUGCUACGAGCUGUACCAGCGGUGCCUGGAGUGCUCCCACAGCAGGCGGCUCUGCCGGCAGGUGAUUUCCCAGCUGCCUCGUUGCCAUCGCAGCGUCUUUCACUACCUGAUCUCGUUCCUCCGAGAGCUGCUCAAGCACUCAGAGGACAACAACGUCAGCGUCGCCAUGAUCGCCGCCUUGUUCUCCAGCCUCCUCCUGCGCCCCCCGCCCAACCUGCAGGGCAAGCAGAGCCAGCAGGAACGCCAGCGGGGCUUCCUCUGCAGCUUCCUGCUGGCCGGGGAGGAGGAGUGA